CCAGUCCCCAUUGGGCAUGCAGGGAAAUCUGUAGCAUGUAGGCACAUUUGUAGCUGAGCCAAUGUUUUGUUUGCUCUACUCUCUUUCUUGUGUCCUCCGAGAGAUAUUAGACUCUUGUGUACUGCAGUUCACAGCAGGACCUACAGUCGGCCUGGUACAGCACAAAGCUUUAGUGAGAGGAUUUGGAGUGCAUUAGUGUAAAUCUGAGAGGAAAUAUAGGCGGAGAAAAUAAAUAAUGGAUGGAGGGGCAUGCAUCACAAACAGAUCCAUGUAUGUACAGAGCUGAAAAUUAAAGAAAAGGGAGAGAUGGAGUUGCAUGCGAUUUUAGUACAGAAACGUAAGCAAAGCUGAGAGUCAUCACAACCUUGCAUUGGGACAUAUGGACAAGAUGGUAGCCAGUUGUCCGAUCCCCAGCGCACGUAAGGAUUCAUUAAGUGCUGCUAUAGAAGCCCUCAGUGUGAGUACAGAACUUGUCGAGGAGGAACUUAAGCCAUAUUUGGACACGGUGCUGAAUGUUGCCAUAGAGAGAAAGAAAGGCAUUGCUGAGCAGGUGGCAGAGAGUGGGAUUCUGCCUGUGCUGGCACAGAUUUUAAGAAGAAAGAGUACACUAACCAUUCACACAGUCAGACUGGUGGCUGAACUUGCCAGAGAUGCUCCUGUGAAGGAGCAAUGCUUUGAUACAGGCAUUGUGUCUGCCCUUGUGACCUUACUGCUCAGCCAAGACCAGGACCUUCUGUUGUAUGUCAGUCAGGCCAUUGCCAGGAUCUGCUAUGACAGCAACCUGCAGCAAGAGAGAUUCCUGAGGCUCGGAGCUGUUCCACGCCUGGCGUCGGUUCUUCUUAGGCAUAGUGAAAAUGAAGCACUGAGGAGCUCUUUCCUGCUGGCCCUCUGUAACCUGUCCGACAUGGGUGAAGAGGACGCCUCCAUGCUGGCCUGGGAAGAGGGGGCGUAUUUCAGCGAUGGGGAGCGAGUGUUUCGAGGCACCAUGCGAUACUCGUUCGGUUUCUCUUCGGCUGUGACGGUGGUCAGGCUGAGACAGACUAACGGUCAGUACUCCGUGACGGUAGAAGUUCUUCAGCGAUGCUCCACCCUGCUGUGGGGCGCCAACCACGGCCGGCACGCUGGGCAUCACCUAGCAAAUUUAACCCACCUGGGAAGCUGCCCUAAGCUGUAUAAAGUAUUCAAAUGCUCUGUGAAGAACAUUCCCAGGAACCGAAAUCUGAGGGCAGCGGUGUUUCACACCCUUUUGUGAAGCUGAACAUUCAAGUGCUUUCGAACAUCUGAGG